GUGACCAGUGCCAAACUCUCGCUCACCUCGUCUGAAACGAUCGUGAACAUGAGACACGAAAAAUCUGGUGAUCAGAUGGUUCGCUCCUCGAUGCCCGGGACUCGCGCGGACCUGAUCUUCUUUGAAGAUCGUUUGACCCGCGAAUAGCAACUUGAAACGAUCGGCGAUCAGAUGCUCCUCUACUCAGCAGUUGGUAGCAGAACAUCAACCUCUAGCCCCUGGCGGCGGACUCGACGACGUUGUCAAACGGGUGAUCAUCCGACAUGUACCGAGGAGUUCUACCUCAGGAAGCAUAUUCAAGAGACGCUUCGCUUUGUCUGACGUUCUCGAGGCUUGAGCGGAUCCGCCAAUCUUUGCUCUCUUUUAAGCAGACAAACUCCCGCCGAUCCGACAGCUGGCCGUAGACAACAAGCUUCUAGGAUCGCAAAGGAAGAUUCUUGGGUGAUCACGAGGAAUUAUCUGAACACUGUGCUGCUGGGAUAUUGACUAUGACACUAUCACAACCCCUAUCGCAAGACCGCAAAGAUUGCGGCCGUCCGAAUUCACAAUCCCUUCGAUACCCGUUGAUUUGUAAAGAGGCCAUCAGGCUGGCCUUUGGAAGCUCGGGGACUGUUAAAAGAUCCGAAGCAUCGCGAAUUGACAGACCAGCAUCUGUUUCGCACUUCUUUCACAAGCUUUCUGUGCUGAUGUUGACUUUCCAUAGUAAGAAAUUGACCUCGCAGCACGAUCUUCAUACGAGUCGAAACACCCAAAGCGGCCCAGGCAUGUAUAGUGCUUCCUCGAUCCAUGCUUAUGAACUAAAUACCUUGCCCUUGAGGGACGUCCAAAUCCCGCAUGUAUUGCUCUCCCGAGACCACCUUUGCCUAAUAAUCUCUCAAAUGUCACGCAGCGCGGGGGGGAAGAUGUCUGCCUCUAAGCUUUCUGAAGCAUUGGGGGGGGGGCCACUCAUGAAAUUGGACUCGAUGCAAUCAAGAGCAGGUUCCCGUAUGGACAAUGCUUGGCAAAUAGGCGUCGUCUCCAUCGGACUGAAAGAGCUCAACAAAGUAUCUCCUUGUGCAACAAGAUCGUUUCUCGACAACACUGCUUCGCCCGGCCUAUCAAACCCACACCUGGGAAGCGAUCAACGCGCUCGGAGAAGACGGUACUGGUCCUCUUGCUGCUCUUCAGAGAGGAUGUGCCUUGUUUUUCCCGGAUGUACCUUCCUCCACGUAGCAGAACAUGCAUCCUGUUUGACAAGGCGAGGGAACGCGAUCGACGUCGAAAAAGCUACUGUCUAA